AUGUCUCGUGAAUCACACGCUGUCUCUCCGGUAGAGGCGCUCCGCCAGGAACUAGAGAAGGAGAGGCGCCUUCGGCAACAGGCAGAAGUUGACAAGAAAAAGGCCGAAAGGGAGAAAGAGAUAGUCGAAGAGGAGAAAGAGAUAGUCGAACAGGAAAAAAUGAGGUUGGAGAAGCAAAUACAACUGACUACUCUCCCCGAAUUCCUAGAAGCCUGCCAUACUUAUCUGUCUGUGGGCUUUUCAACGCGUAUCAACUACACAACUGGAACUCAGGGAAAGCCUGAAAACGCAACAUCCAAGCUCCGGCCAAACCAUAUCCGAGAAUGGACCACAUUCUCUCCAGAGCAGUCAGCAGUAUGGGAAGACCUUUUCGAUAUCGACUUUGUUUCGAAACCUCAUUUCACGUCUCUAAAUACGUUGAGAGAAUCGGGUAGCGACUUGGCCCAGAGGUCGCUGGGCUCAGAGCUAGACCUUGGCUACUACGAGCGCUAUGCUGUCGAGGACCGGGUCUCGCUUAUUAUACGCAGCCUCUACUCAAAUAAUAAACUACGUGAUGUGUUUAGCCUCAAGGGAGACGUGGUGUUUGAGAAUCACGGGAAUACUAUAACCGCAGAUGGUGAAGGGCCAGAGCAAGUCUUGGAUCCGGAUAUUGGCUCGCCACAACAGUCUCCGGCACAGAAGCGACGGAAGAAAGCUGACAUACAUGGGGAGUCUCUGCCUGCCACACCUGACCCGCGGUCGAGAUCGUCUCGGCCUCGUGCCGACCAGUUCUGUGUAUAUAGCACAGGGCCUGGAGGAACUAUACCCGCAUUCAUCAUUGAAUACAAGGCGCCACACAAGCUUACCUUGGACACUAUAGAGGCUGGACUUAUGGACAUGGAAGUCGACGAUGUAGUCGUGUAUAGCGAAAGUGAUGAUCUGGUGAAGGUUGCUCGCCGGAGGGUAGCCGCGGUCAUCACGCAGUUAUUUUCCUAUAUGAUUCAGGCCUCGCUUGAAUUUGGAUAUAUUUGUACUGGCGAAGCGUUCAUAUUUCUCCGUGUGGCUUCCGAUGACCCUACCACCGUGUAUUACUUCCUCUCCUCUCCGAAUAAAGACGUGGGAGAGACUACUGGCUGCGCUGAUGGCCCGAACAAGCUGCAUCUCACGGCUAUCGGGCAGGUUCUCGCCUUUACCCUUCGGGCCUUGAAGACUCGACCACACGGCCAAGACUGGCGCAAUCGCGCAGAGGAACAGCUAGAGCGGUGGAAGAUUGAACAUGACGACAUCCUCUUUCGGUCAGACAUCGAGAAGAGUAGCGGCAAGAAAUUAUCAGAUUUCAAGCAGGAUCAUAGGAGCAGAAAUGAAUAUAUCCGUGCCUCGCCGAUCAGGACACGAUCAGCCAGGUUGGUCGCAGCCUCUACGUGCCGUGACCCGGAGGAAAAACCAACAGGCUCGGAGCCUAGCGAUAGCGAUGAUAGCAGUGAGAACGGUGGAUUCGACCCCGGUAGCCCAAGCACAGGACUUCCUCGCCGUGCCUCCAACAUCAUGGUCGUCGUACCUCCUCCUCCUCCUCGUCCUCCUCCACCACCACCGCCUACAGGGAAAAGGGAUCGUAGGCUCAACAUGGAGCCGCCCAUCCAACCCACGCAGUUCUGCACCCAGAAAUGUCUCCUAGGCAUAUUUAACCGUGGACCUCUUGACCAAAAUUGUCCUUAUGUGGCUAGUCAUGGACACGGCCGGCACACUAUUGACGAUAGUGAAUUCUGCAGGCUAGUCCGCGCACAGAUUCUGGCAAAGUCCGGUCCUUCAGGCUGCGAAUCUAUGCACCGCCACGGGACUAGCGGUGCUCUGUUCUGGCUUACACUCUACCCAUACGGAUACACUCUUGUAGCGAAAGCAAUGCCUGUCGAGACGGUUAGGCGUGCGAUAUACGAAGAGAGUAUAUAUCGACAACUCCGUCCAAUUCAAGGAAUCCACGUACCUGUCUGCCUAGGAAGUGUCGAUAUAUCUAGCCGGCCACUGUGGUAUGAUGGUAUUUUCGAAGUUGUCCACUUGCUACUCCUUAGCCACGUAGGGAAGCUCAUCAAGGUCCACGCCGGGGUCAAUGAUCUUAAAAUCUAUGUACCCUCUGCGUGUGAAUCGCUACACGCGAUCCAUCGGCAGCGUGUCCUGCAUCGUGAUGCGCAUAUUGGUAACAUAUUGUGGAAUGCAGAGAACAAACAGGCCAUGUUUAUCGAUUUUGAGCGGGCGAGGAUUGUCAAUAAUUCUACGGAGACGAAAAAGAGGAAACUAGGAACAGUACCCUGCUUUGCCAACAAUAAUGUAGCAUUCGAACGGGAGAUAAGGUCGGUAAAGAGCGAUAUGGUACUGCUAUCUAGCACGUACCAUGAACAACGGCGCAAGGUUGAUGAACAAGAAAGGGAAAAGAGGCUCAAAGCGUGGCAUUCAAGAACGAUAUCUUCCCCGGCAGGAUAA